GAAUUCUCUUACUCUGCCUAAUACGCUGAUAACAGAGCUAUGGACACAAAAAAACCAGAGCUGGUUUUCAUUCCAUCGCCUGGAUUGGGUCACGUAGCUUCCGCAGUUGAAAUUUCCAAACUGAUUCUUGAUACAGAUGAACGUCUUUCCAUUUCUCUCCUUAUAAUGAAACAUCCUGCCGAUUUCGGCGUUCAACCUUAUCUUCAAUCACUCUCUUCUCAUUCCCGUUUGCACUUUGUAGAUGUUUCAAUUGACUCAAAAACAGCUGCUGAACUCUUGUCUAACAAGGACAGAUUCUUGUAUGAUUUCGUCGUGGGUCAUAAAUCAAAGGUAAGAGAAUAUGUUCGUAACAACAUUACUAGUAAUAGCUGUUGUGGGUUCGUUCUUGAUAUGUUCUGCAUUUCCAUGAUUGACGUGGCCAAUGAAUUUGGUGUUCCCAGUUACAUUUUCUUUACUUCGGCUACUGCUUUUCUUGCGUUAUCGCUUCAUUUUGAAGCUCUUAGGAGUAAUGCUAACGAAGACGAAAUUUCCAAGUAUGAUUACUCUGAGUCUAAUGAGGAAUUAUCAAUUCUUGGAUUCAAAAAUCUGUAUCCUGCUAAAAUCUUACCUAGACCAGCUAAAUCUGUUACACCUAGCUCGAUUUUGUACUUCAAUGGUAUCCGUCGUUUCAAAGAGACAAAAGGUAUUAUUAUUAAUACCUUUGCUGAGCUUGAAUCUUUUGCUCUUCAGUCUCUUUCCGAUGCUAAUAUUGUUCGGCAGAUUUACCCAAUUCAUCCCGUAGCCAAUCCUGAAGACGGGGAUAAGAAACCGGAAACUGAAAGUAUUAUCAAGUGGUUGGAUGAUCAGCCCAAGUCAUCUGUAUUGUUUUUGUGCUUUGGUACAUUGGGAAGUUUUGAACCUGAGCAAGUAAGAGAAAUAGCAAUUGCAUUGGAGCGCAGCGGUCAGAGGUUCUUGUGGUCGUUACGAAGGCCACCACCAAAAGGUAAAGUAGAGAUGCCAAAAAAUUAUGAUAAUUCUGAGGAAGUACUGCCUGAAGGAUUCUUGGACAGGACAAAUGGGAUUGGAAAAGUCGUAGGAUGGGCGCCUCAAGUGACUGUAUUAUCACAUCCUGCUGUAGGCGGAUUCGUGUCGCAUUGUGGGUGGAAUUCUGUACUGGAGAGUGUGUGUUGUGGGGUGCCUAUUGCUGCUUGGCCGUUGUAUGCUGAACAGCAGAUGAAUGCGUUUUUGUUGGUUAAAGAAUUGGGAUUGGCAGUGGAGAUUCGGAUGGAUUAUGUUAAGGAUUUUGAAAGGAAAAAUCCAGUUGAUAUUGUCACUGCUGAGGAAAUUGAAGGCGCAAUUAAGAAGCUUAUGGUGCAGGGUGAAGAGAAUGAAGUGAGGAAAAGAGUGAAGGAAAUGCAAGAGAAGAGCAGAACAGCCAUGGAGGAAGGUGGAUCAUCUUAUACAUCUCUACAACUUUUGAUUGAGGAUUUCAUCAGCAACAUUUCCUAAAGAUUUUCGUGGGACGGAUUUAAGUUAUGUAAACUGAUAAUGUAAAGAUAUUUUUGCACCAUCAGUGAAUUUUAACCCGUAAUAACAGGCUAAUAACUAUCUUAAUGUAUAUCCAGUGUCCUGAGUGUACAAACUUUUACACUGUCAAAGCAUGGAAUUUAAACUCCUCAGGAUACGCGAUGUUCUUAAUUCUUAACGAAACUAUUAUAUACGUUCUCAAGGUGCAAAAAGAUAUUGUUUCAUUGCUUAUUUGUGGUUGAA